GCAGCACUGUUGAGUUCAAUGAUGGACAUCAGUCUCCAGGGGAAAGAGGAGGGCACUGCGAGUUUGACAGGUCUAUCAGUGUGACGUGACUGGGAGGCAAACAACAGUUUAUUAACUCAACCUACCAACCAUAUGCAGGCAUCCCAACUUCGCCAGCCAACUAUAAAUAACUUCAGGGGUUUUGUUGUCGGUGCACGUCGAGGUCUCCUUAUAACCUUCGUCUCAAUUAAAUUAGAUGGUUUCCCUCUCUUAAACAGCUCCAGGGCUUGUCACGGCGACUACGAGAUGAUGUUUGUAGAUGAUCUGGUCUGGGCUUUGUUCAAGCGCCACUGGCGGCACACACUGACCUACUGGAGCGUGUUCUUCAGUUUCGGGCUCUGUAUCGCGUUCCUGGGGCCGACCAUCCUGGACCUGAGGUGUCAGACCCAGUCCACUCUGCAGGAGAUCACCUGGGUCUUCUUCGCCCAACAAUUCUUCCUCAUGCUGGGGAGCGCCCUAGGGGGACUCUUCAAGAAGACGCUCCGCUGCGCCCUCUCAGCUCUCUUCGUCUCUAGUCUUGUCAUCUCUGUGGUUUUUGCCAUAAUCCCACUAUGCCACCAUGUGCUGAUGCUUGCCGUUGCCAUGGCAAUAUCUGGCACGGCAAUGGGGGUGAUUGACACCAUCGCCAACCAGCAGCUGGUGAAGCUCUACCAGAAAGAUUCAGCAGUGUUCCUACAGGUCCUGCAUUUAUUCACAGGGCUCGGUGCGUUGGUGAGUCCCCUGGUAGCAGACCCGUUCCUGUCUGAGGAGAGUUGUGUUCUGGGGGGGAACAUGACAGCCAACUCCUCCACUGACCUCCAUCACCUUCGCAGCUCCCUGGCAGGCAAAGGGACAACCCCCCUGCACAACGUAUCCAACCACUACCACCUCCACACAGAGGGCAUCAUCACCACCAACAUCUCCUACGCAUUCUGGAUCAUGUCUUUUAUCAAUCUGCCUGUGCCUUUAGCAGUGUAUUUGUUGAUGUACCGUGAGCGGCUGUUCCCCUGCUCCAACCAGAGCCCUCGUCUGCUGGACAAGGAGAAAAACUCAGAGAAGAACCAACAGGACCACAACAUCCAGGGUCGCGGGGGUUUGCUUGGCUGCUGUAACUAUGGUGAUGUGAAGGAUCGCCCCGCCUCCUACUUCCUCCUUUACAUUCUGGGCGGAGCCGUGCUCUUCAUCACCGAUGGCAUCAUUGGUUCCUACACAGGAUUCAUCUACACCUACGCAGUGUCUCCUCCACUCUCUCUGCCUCACAAGAUGGCUGGCUAUCUGACCAGUGUGUUCUGGGCAUCUGUUACUACGGGCAGACUGGCAUCUAUAUAUCUGUCAUACAGAUACACACAACAACGACUAAUCAAUGUCAGCCUGGUGGGGGUGAUAGUGGUGCAGUGUCUGCUGUUGAUCCUGUACUCCAGCCAUGUGUUCAUCUUCAUGGGAACGUGUAUGUUAGGCCUCUUCAUCAGCAGUGUGUUCCCCUGCAUGGUGGCCCUCACAGAAGAUAUGGUCAACUAUAAAGGUUGUGUCACUACUGUCCUGGUGACCAGUGCUGGGACAGGAGAGAUGGUGCUGCAGCUUCUCACAGGACAGUUGAUCCACAGUAAAGGCAGUUAUAGUUUCCUGUUGGUUGGUAUGAUCUCAUCCUGCAUCGGAUUCACUGUGUUCCUCGGCCUACUCUACAUUCAACACCUACACAGGAGCUCCCAAGCAGCCAAACGUGCUAGUAAGGAAAUCGCCAUGACGGAGAAGCCUUUGAGCGAGUGAUGGAGAGAGGCCAUGAGGAUGAAACAAGGGACAGAGAGAUGAAGACAGAGUAAAGGGAAAGCACAGCGAUGACCCAACUGUUUAAAAUGCCUGGAGGAGAGGCAGCAACUACUGGAAUUCAACCAGACUUUCUCCUCAACACCCAGAGACAAUCAAGUUCAACCCAAAGACAAUCCCUUGUUACCCAGUAUCCACCCUCAGAUCAAACACAAACUUAGACGGAUUAUUCAGAUUUAGCUGGCUAUAGAUACUUACAAUAAUCUAGCCACUCAGAAAUCGUCUGUUUGGAAUUAUGAAUUUAAGAUUUAUUUUUGUAUGUUAGAACUGGGAAAUGUUAUGUGUUAUGCAGUAGCUGUCUGACUGACUGAGGCAUUCAUAAAGCAGGAGUUGGAGAGUAGAUGUUAACUUUGCUUGUUUGUGUCUUGAUAAAGCAUUGCUUGUU